UGUGAGAGAGGAAAAACCCUACGCAAACCCUCCCCUCGUCUCUCGAGUCGUCUUCUCUGUUCCUGCCGCUUUCCGCUCGAUCCCGGCUCCGUACCAGAGAUGGAGGGUUUCUUGUCCUUCUACUGCCUUUAGGAACUCGCCUCUCUCUCCCUCCCCCUUCCAAGAACCCCUGAAACGCUUCCAAGAAUAAAGUAGUUGCUUGAUCGGAGGGGCAAAAACCAAAAAAAGGGGAAAAAAAAUCCCUCUUUUAUAUAUACAUAUACAUCCAAGGCAUCUUUUUGCCGGCCAAGAACAUCUGGUCUCUUUUGCUUCUCUAACAAUGCCGCUCGGGCAGAGGUUGGGAGACAAAAGCGACUCGCGGUACUGCGGAGUGGAGACAGAAUUCGACUAUGACAUGCCUCAGGUCUUGACCCUCAAUCUUUCAGGUGGCUUCGAUUUCGUCAUGGCUCCACUGAUUGAUCCUAGUUAUAGACCUAGUUCAGUGAAAAAGGAAGCCAAUGGAAGUUCAGUUCUUCCUGUUGCAGCAUCGGACUUAAUUCUUGGCCCCUCACAGUGGAGCAGUCAUGUUGUUGGAAAGAUUAGCUCAUGGAUUGACUUAGAUUCAGAAGAUGAAGAACUUCGGCUGGAUUCUGAAAUUACUUUGAAGCAAGAGAUUGCAUGGGCAUCACAUCUCUCCUUGCAGGCUUGUCUUCUUCCUCCACCUAGGAGUGCUUCUUGUGGUAAUUAUGCAAGAUGCGUGAAUCAGAUCUUGCAAGGUAUAAACAAUAUGCAGUUGUGGCUUAGGGUACCAUUGGAGAAGUCUGAACUCAUGGAUGAUGAUUCUGUGAAUGCUAACAAUGAUCUUCAAAGUGGAAGAUUGUUUGAUGCAUGGGAAUUGUGGAAUUCAUUUCGAUUGCUAUGUGAGCAUCACACUCAGCUGUGCGUAGCUGUUGAUGUUUUGAGUACACUGCCAUCUGUUAACUCUCUUGCACGUUGGUUCGGGGAGCCAGUUCGAGCGGCCAUAAUUCAUACCAAUUCCUUCUUAACAAAUGCGAGAGGAUACCCUUGUCUAUCUAAGCGACAUCAGAAAUUGAUUAUGGGGCUUUUUAAUCAUUCUGUUCAGAUAGUAAUUUCUGGGAGCUUGGUUCAUAAUGUACCUCAGGAAGGUUAUGAAGAUUUGUCUUCUAACAGUCAUGAUAAUCAUAUUGAAGACAUGCCUGGCCGGCAUCUGUUGAGGCCUUACCUGGAUUAUGUUGCAUACCUAUACCAAAGGAUUGAUCCGCUGCCUGAGCAAGAGCGUUUUGAGCUCGGUUACAGGGAUUUCUUGCAGUCUCCUUUACAGCCUCUUAUGGAUAAUCUGGAGGCCCAAACUUAUGAGACAUUUGAGAAAGACACAGUUAAAUAUAACCAGUACCAAAGAGCAAUUUGUAAAGCUUUGCUUGACAGAGUCCCAGAUGAGGAAGCUUUAACAACGAGGACGGUACUAAUGGUGGUAGGAGCUGGACGAGGACCAUUAGUGAGAGCAUCUUUGCAGGCAGCGGAAGAAACAGGUCGCAAGUUGAAAGUUUAUGCUGUGGAGAAGAAUCCAAAUGCUGUGGUGACACUGCAUAGCCUGAUUAAAUUGGAAGGCUGGGAGGUCAUGGUCACCAUAGUUUCAAGUGACAUGCGUUGCUGGGAUGCCCCUGAGAAAGCGGAUAUCUUGGUGAGUGAGUUGCUGGGUUCCUUUGGUGACAAUGAACUUUCUCCCGAGUGUCUUGAUGGAGCACAAAGAUUUUUAAAACCAGAUGGCAUUUCUAUUCCAUCGUCAUAUACAAGUUUUAUUCAGCCGGUAACAGCAGCAAAGUUGUACAAUGAUGUUAAAUCACACAGAGAUCUUGCACAUUAUGAAACUGCAUACGUGGUCAAAUUACACAGAGUAGCAAGGCUUGCUCCUUCUCAACCUUUGUUCUCAUUUAAACAUCCGGAAUAUUCCGUAAAGAAGAGCAACCAGAGGUACAAAAAGCUGCGUUUUGAGAUACCCUUGGAUACAGGAUCAGCUAUGGUGCACGGGUUUGCUGGUUAUUUUGAUGCUACCUUAUAUAAAGAUGUUCAUCUCGGUAUCGAACCAUCUAUGGCUACACCAAAUAUGUUUAGCUGGUUCCCAAUCUUUUUCCCGCUACGGACGCCUCUGCAUGUGCCUAUGGGAUCUCCCAUAGAAGUCCACUUUUGGCGAUGCUGUGCUGCUACAAAGGUCUGGUAUGAGUGGUGCGUGACAUCACCUUCUCCAUCAUCUGUUCACAACAGCAAUGGCCGUUCUUACUGGGUAGGACUGUAAUGCGGAAGUGAUGGCACGCUGCUUGUCCUUUGGGCUGCUGUACCUUGAGGGAAUCCAUUCCAUUUGGUGAGAAGAGGAUCCUGGGGAAUCCAGUGUAUUUUUUGAAGAGAGCGUCACCCUUGUAUCGUCACUACGGUAUCCACAUAUGGCUAUGGCCGGUUUCAUUUACAACUAAAAUUUGUACCCUUUCAUUAUGUUUGGCAUUCAAAUCAGCUAAAAUAUGCAUCUUAAAAUCAAAUAUUUUCAUUAA